AUGGGUCUGGGUGGAGGCUGUGGUGGGGCCAGUGGUAUGGGGGUCAUCACAGCCAUCAUGGUCAGCCAGAACCUGCUGAGCCCCCUUAAGCUGGAGGUGAACCCCAACAUCCAGGCUGUGUGCGCCCAGGAGAAGGAGCAGUUCAAGACCCUCUACAACAAGUUUGCCUCCUUCAUCGAGAAGGUGCGGUCCCUGGAGCAGCAGAGCAAGAUGCUGGAGACCAAGUGGAGCCUCCUGCAGCAGCAGAAGACAGCUCACAGCGACAUGGACAGCAUGUUCGAGAACCACAUCAACAAACUUCGGCGGCAGCUGGACACUCUGGGCCAGGAGAAGCUGAAGCUUGGCAACAUGCAGGGGCUGGUGGAGGACCCCAAGAACAAGUAUGAGGAUGAGAUCAAUAAGCGUACAGAGAUGGAGAAUGAAUUUGUCCUCAUCAAGAAGGUAGAGCUGGAGUCUCUCCUGGAAGGGCUGACUGAUGAGAUCAACUUCCUCAGGCAGCUGUAUGAAGAGGAAAUCUGGGAGCUGCAGUCCCAGAUCUCGGACACAUCUGUGGUGCUGUCCAUGGACAGCAGCCGCUCCCUGGACGUGGACAGCAUCAUCCCUGAGGUCAAGGCGCAGUACAAGGAGAUCGCCAACGGCAGCUGGGCUGAGGCUGAGGGCAUGCAUCAGAUCAAGUAUGAGGAGCUGCAGACACUGGCUGGGAAGCACAGGAAUGACCUGCGUUAUGCAAAGAUGGAGAUCUCUGAGAUUAAUAGGAACAUCAGCCGGCUCCAGGCUGAGACUGAGGGCCUCAAAGGCCAGAGGGUUUCCCUGGAGGCUGCCAUUGCAGAUGCUGAGCAGUAUGUGGAGCUGGCUGUUAAGGAUGCCAACACGAAGCUGUCGAGCUGGAGGCCGCCCUGCAGCGGGCCAAGCAAGACUUGGUGCAGCAGCUGUGACAUGGAGCACCAGGAGCUGAUGAACAUCAAGCUGGCCCUGUACAUCAAGAUCGCCACCUACAGGAAGCUGCUGGAGGGGGAGGAGAGCUAG